AUGCAUUCUGCAGCUUACUCAGCUCAACCUCAGCACACCACUGUGAUUGUCCACACUGACACCCCCAAUGACCACAUCGUUUGGUCCCUAUGCAGCCUUCUCUACUCCAACCCUUGCUGCAUUGGACUGGUGGCAGUGUUGUACUCUUUCAAGGCCAGAGACCGAAAGGUGUUUGGAGACAUGGAGGGUGCCAGACGUUACGCCUCCACUGCCCGUUGCCUCAACAUCGUGUCCACUGGCCUGAUUUGCAUCAUAAUCAUUACUUUAAUUAUUCUGUAUGUUCUGGUGUGGCAUACCGCAGUCAAUCUGCAAAAAAACCACUAG